CCACCCUCUUCGCAGGAAUAGGGAAACGGGCGACGGCGCUGUUCGUGCUCUGGUCCACGCCGGCUUAUCCAACCGCUGGUGCUCGCUUUGCCUUCGUCCUUCGCCCUUCCCUCGCCGGGCCCGAGGGCGGAGCAGAGAGCCGCGACAGCCUUUGCCUCUCUGUCUGCGCGAAAGCCAAUCGGCCGGGAAACGCUGCUUCUUACGGAGCGGAUCAUCCGCCACAGCCCUUCCAGCAUGUUUGGAAUGAUCAGAAAUUCCCUUUUUGGGACCGCGGAGGUUUGGCCCUGCCGGGUUCUGAGCAGGGGGGAGAAGGAUGAUGUAGCCUAUGAGGAAAGGACAUAUGAAGGCGGGAUGUUUGCCAGUGUUGAACUCUCUGGAAAGCCCUUUGACGAGGCUUUACGUGAAGCAGUGCCGAGGCUUCUUAAAUAUGUUGGAGGAAGCAAUAAUCAAGGAGCUGGCAUGGGCAUGAUGGCCCCAGUGUGUAGCACAGUCUUUCCUGCAGAGGACGGAUCAUUGCAGCAGAAGGUGAAAGUUCUGCUACGGAUUCCAAGCCAGUUCCAGGACAACCCCCCUUCACCGAGUGAUGAGAGCAUCCGGGUUGAGAAAAGGGAAGAAAUGGUUGUUUAUUCUACGCUGUUUGGAGGCUAUGCAAAAGAAAUAGACUAUGUGAAUAAUGCAGCCAAGCUAACUUCUGCUUUAGGAAAUGAGGCAUCCUUCCACAAAGACUUCUAUUUUUGCAAUGGUUACGAUCCCCCCAUGAAACCCUAUGGGCGGCGCAAUGAAGUUUGGCUGUUGAAAAAAGUGACCAAUUAAAAAAGCUGGAAGGAAUUCUAGAAAAAUAUUCACCAGUGCCAUGGAAAGCAGUGAAAGUGAAAACAAGAAAACUAAGCGGGCUUGCUUUUGAGAUUCAUUCAGCAUUUCUUUUUUUUUAUUUUUAAUGAACAUAUAUUCAUAAAAUUCUUUUGUAUUUGCCAUUUAUUUCACAAGGCAUAUAUUUAUAUUUCUUGAAAUGAUUUUUCUCCUUACAGAAUAGGAAGAAUAAAGUGCCUUCUACAAAGAACAAUAUUUUUAAACUGCACUAAGUGAGCCAUAAGAAAUAGUUUUUUAUUGCACCAGAACAAAUGAACAGACCAAUUAUUGAAUUGUGGGAAGAGCAAAUAUUAAUUCAAAUAAAUCCAGGUUAUCUCUUUUCUGUCAGUUCUUAUUAACCCAGACCUUAAAAUACAGCCAAACUAAACUCUAUUCUAGUAAGUUAUUUUCCCCUUGGUUCAUGUUAUUAUCAGUGAGGGUAAGAUCUGUAACAAACCAUAAUGACAUAAACACGCAACUACUUUCUUGCAUCAUGACAGGGGUGUCAAACUUGCAUCAUCAUGGUGACAUCAUGUGACAUAUUGGGACCUUCCCCCCCUUCACUAAACAGGGUGGGCGUGGCCAGUGCAUGAUGCAUCUGCCCGCAAGCUACAAGUUUGACAGCCCUGCAUCAUGACAUCUCAUGACAUCAAUAUGCAGAUAUCCUCAUUCAUCUCAUGAGAUGCCCAUGACAGAUGGCUGUUGACAACAGCAAUUGACUGGGCAAUUCAUAGUCCUAAACCAGGGCCCUUCAAACUUAAAAUAGUCAUUUUCUGUUCAAUAGUUCAACUUGGUCUGUAACAGGACUUGCUACAAUCCUGACAUCUCCAAGCGUAGCAGUCUUGGGAAUGAUGGACACUGGAUACUAUGGGAAUGUAUAGAUGGCAGAGGAAUAAAGUAUAUCCUUUUUAAGUAUUUAUAAGGGAGGUGUCUUCACCCUAGACAAGGGAACAUAUUCUUGUUCCUGAGAGAGAACUUUUUAACAGGAUGCAGUGUAAGGACUUGCCCAGGCAGUCACCAGGAGUCAACACUAAAAAAAAAUGUAGCUAUGUCUCCCCUAGUUACAUUUGGAAGGGCAGAAAUAAAUGAAUGGAAAAUUGAAAAUUAUUUCUUCGGAACUCUAUUGAGCCCUUCAAAAGUGAUUUUUUUUAAAAAAAUAUACUGGAUAAGUGGUGGGUUUUUGACAUCUGUCCAAAGGUCCCACAUUAAAUCAUACCUGCAGAUAUCACAACUAAUAAAUGAAUGGCAUAACAUGCAGAAUAAGGUCUCAAUAAGGCAAAUAUUCCUAUAUCCCAGCCAACAAAUUUAUUUAUUUGGUGAUUUAUAGCAUACUUUCUGAUCCUCCUCUCAUAAAAGAAAAAAUGAAUACCAAUGCCAUCACAAUAAAGAGCAACAAAGUAUGCUAUCAAAAUAAAGCUACAUCCCAUUAAAAAGGGCCUGUUCCAAAAGACAAUUCUUGACAACUGACCUAAA